CCAUGCCAGGCUGCAGUGUGGGCUAGACCGUGGAGACCAGUUCUUUACACCAGUGAGACCGAUUGCUCGAUCGGCCAGAGCGGGUCAGAGCUCCUUGCGUCGGUGCUUGCGGAGGGCCGGGGGCAUAGGCCGUACCUCCCUCCGAUAGUACUCCAAUUCAGCGUCGCCUACCAGCUUGUGGCCCAGUCUCCUGUUAUCAGAAGCCAGCUGUGCAAAGAGGUUCCAGCCGUAAUCAUACUCAUCCUGAGUCGUCUUGUCGGUGUCGGGCUGAAUGUGGCCCACAUGCACUCGGUUGCCAUCGAGGCCAGCGUCAGUCAUCAGCUUCCUGACCUUGCUGUAAUGCAGCGUGUCCACAACGUGCGCAUUUGUAUUCAUCCACUGGUUGAAAGCGCGAACCUGCUCUAACAGGGCGUCAUCGGCGCAGUCGGCCUUGCGAAAGCCCCGGUUGCAGGCCUGCGGAUGUGCCCUCGUACCGCCCAGCAGGAGGGCCCCCAGCAGGAACACUAGCGAUAGAAACCUAUGAGACGUCAUUUUCUCACUAGUCCUUCGGGCAAAACAAGCGCCUUGUCACUCAGACAAGCAAAGCCGCGUUGGCCCCAUCUGCUGCGCCCGCCACUACUUCCAUUCUUCGCCGUAUGCCUAAACAGCCACCGGCGGGCAUUAGGCCUCCCUAACAGCAUACACAUUCUCGGCAGAGCAUAACACACGCAUAACAGCUUGCACGUACACACACGCACAUAGAGUGUCAGGCGCUCGCUCAUACAUUGCUUGGGCAGGGAACAUACAUGACCGCAGAAGCCGACCCGCCGCCGUGUCAGGCAACCGUGCGAAGUGAUCAUGUGCUCGUUAACUGUGGCAUGGGAGCCAUUGGCGGAAUUGUGAUAACUGCGCUGGUAAUGAACCCAGGGGGACUGCCGCAAGUCCUCAUUGCGUUCUUUGACCUCGUCAAGCACUUCACAACGCUUUCUGAUAACCAGCUAAGGACUGUAGCUCUGUUGGGUCUAGUCGUGCUGACGGUCAUCUUCGGUCCAAGCUGGGUCUCCAGCUGGGUUGGGGGCAACGGACGCGACGGAGGCAACGGAGGCGGCGGAGGCAACACAGGCAACAUAGGCAACGGAGGCGGUGGAGGCAACGGAGGCAAUAAUGGAGGCGCUGCAGGCCCCAUCGCACUGCCGUCGGUGGAUGCGGCAGUUGGCAGGGGCUCCUGCAGAUGCCCAGGCCUUGGCCCUAACGACUGCCUCAUGGACCACACGGCAAAGAGCGGGAGGCCGACUGUGUGGUGCCAGCAGUGCCGCCGCUGGGUCCGGAACCUGCCCUGGCCAGACAGGUGAAGAGGUAGGUGUGUACUUGCCACAGUAGCCACAGGCAAUCGCAAAGUUUGCGGCAAGCAUUGUGCAGUGCAAGUUGAGUCUGACCAACGCGGAAACGGGGCACCGCGCGAGCUAGUAGUAUCGGGGGUACCGUGUAGGGAAUAGGGAAGUAAUUGAAGCAGGGGAGUUAAAUAUGCUUUAGACGAACAGUGCGAAGCCGAGGGAGCCAGUGAUCACAAGUAGGAGACGCCGGAGUAAUGUAGGGGAUUAGUGUGAUGAGGCGCAACCGGGUCACUCCGCCCCUACCUGUUGUAGGCUAUGCUGGUAUAGCGGUAUUGUACUGAUAUAUAUGGCGGGGGACUGAACCUGGCACCCAUGCACGGUUCGUGUCAUUCGUCAGCAGGCUGCCUUAUUAGGCUUGCGUGAGGGUCAGAGUUGUGGGUUGAGGCCAAUUAAUAAAGGGCCGUUCUGAACGUCGUUCGUUGACGGGCCGCCUGUGUCUGGAGGUGCGGCGAGCUUUGAGUGAGCGUCAGCGAGUUUGGGAUAGAGGGCAGCGGGUAGGGUGCGCGGGGGCCACGGUUGGCGGUAGGAUGGCGCGCGGGGGACCUGCAGCGGCAGUAGGAUGGCGCGCGCGCGGGGGUUCACGGGCGGCAUCGGGCAGGGGGAAUGAACGCAUUACCAUAGCCUAGCCAAGCAAUGGCGGCACCCGCGUGGCUGUACUAGAGCUACUGCCUGCACAACCCGCAAUGCUUGGGUCCGGGCGAGAGCUACCAAGGGGACCUGGCGGAAUGGGCCGCGGGCGCAUGCUAACGCGAAAUGGAGAGCGAUGAACAGCGAGAGACGUUUCGGCUGAUGGUCGAGUUGAUGUUUCCACGGACGGACGGACUGAUGCGGAACCUGCCCUGGGGCGCAAAUGUGUAGGUCAGGCUGGUGCUGCGUGGCGAUGCCGCCCGGACGCAGUAAAGAUACCGCCCGUGGGGGCACAGGUGCAAAGUGUAAUUGCACUGCGGCACGAGCGGGUGGGUCUUGGAU